AGCACUGGCCGAGAACCAACCGAAAAUAUCCAUUCCUGGUGCGCAGUUGUUGUUUCCACAGACGUGUCAAUUGUUUGUCUAAUUGCGCCAGCAGCAGCAAAACGACGCCAAAACACACAUGCGCAUUCCAGCGCACAAGUCUCCCACCCACGAAAAUCGCAAUACCAUCGCCCCAGCAACGCCGGGGAGGGGGUGCACUCCACUUUUCCAGGGAGAAAGCGAACGCACGCAUACAAGAAUCUGAACUGAAUCAGAGAAUCUGAGAAUCGAGUCCCAAUCCGAAUCCGAAUCCAAGAGAGCAAAGACGCCACUUCAGCUCGGUAUUUGAGCCAUCGACAUUCCGCUGCUCCGUUAGUUUUCAGAGGACCUUCGAAGUGGGCAGCCGAAAAUCCAAAAGUCUCCUGGCAACGAACGAAAAACCAAGGAGAAAAAAAAUAAGAAAAGCUAAAUCUAGUUGGCAGAGAAAAGCUCAAGUGGUAAUUGGCUGCGACUCAAAUUACUUUAGUUGUGCAAAUAGCGAACAGAGCUAUAAACUAAAAACAAAAGAAACUCGAGCGUGGCGUGUGUCCAUGUGGAAAAUCGAUCGAAUCGCAGAGUAUUUAUCGUGUAAUUGUGCCCAAUAGCCACGCAAUUCCCAGUCCGUUUUAUUGAUUUUCCCCACCGCCUCGUCAAGUAGCAAUAAAAACCAUUCUUUUCCCUUCCAUCUCGACCAUCUGGCCAACCCAAUUGCAGCGUGCAAAAUUCGAAUAAAAAAAUUGCAAGUUAAAUGCGAGAAUUUACAUAACGCCGAGCGUUGAAAGUGAAACUUCUGUGGUGCGAACGAAACACUGAAAGAAAGGAAAACCCAUUACAGGACAUUCUAUCUCUGCCCCUGCCCAGUGUAGUAAAAGUUGGAGCGCCAGGAGCGGGAGAGCCGUGGAAGACCGUGAGAACCGUGAGAGCCAGAGAACCUAGAGAGCGUUGAACGUGCGCACGUCUUCCCAGUCAGGACACACCACCAAUCCUUGAGAGAAUCAGCAGGAGCAGGAGCCAACAUGUUUUCGGGCCUAACAAAUCAAUUCACCUCGCUGGUGGGCGCCGUUAAAGGAGGCGCUGGCGAUGAGGAUGUGCCCGCGCCCACAGGAGAUGCGCCCGCAGCCGCUCCAGCAGCAUCCACAUCCGUGGAGGCCAGCGCCUCCUCCGUCGUGGAUCCGGAAGCAGCAGCCGCCGCCGGUGGCGAGGGACUCGAGGGCGAGGAAGCUGGCAAAAGACUUCCCAAAUCCGCCUCCCUGGUUGAUUCAUUAGUAACCGAAGCCACCGGAUGGCUGGGCAGUGCCAAGGGCUGGCUGGGAAACGCCUCGAUACCGUCGAUGCCAGCCAUGCCGUCGAUGCCAUCGAUGCCGGCCAUGCCAGCGAUGCCGUCGAUACCAUCGAUCCCGGGACUCCGCAAGGGCGGAGCAGCCGACGGAGCAGAGGGCGCCGAGGGAGCUGUCGCCGGAGAGGGCGGGGCCGCCGCCAGUGGAGCCGUGAGUGGUGGCGAGGAUGACGACAAGUCGAGGUAUAUUAGCGCCACGGAGGGCGCCGACUCGCAUCCUGCAUCGGGCGGUGGCACGCCCACCGGCGACGAGGGUCAAAUCGGACAGGGUAAGGGCGAUGAAGUCAAAAUUACCACAAAAGUAACACAGCAGGCCAAACACUUUGGGUCCUUCUUGUCAUCGGCCAUCAGCAAGGCUGGCAGCAAAAUCAAGGAAACCGUCAAGGAUAAUACCAUUCUCGACUCGUUCAACAAGGAGCAGGAAGCCUUCAUCAAGGGCCAGGGCGGCGUGGGCAAUGGAGCCGCCCCCUGGAUCGGACACGCCAACGAGGCCAAGAUCAAGGAGGAAAUCCUGGGCCUGUCGCAGGAUCGCCGCAACUUCGUGCGCGCCCCGCCCGCCGGCGUGGACUUUGAGUUUAGCUACGACACCGCCUAUCCCACGGCCAUAGCCAUCAUGGCCGAAGACAAGGCGCUCGAGACGAUGCGAUUCGAGCUGGUGCCCAAGAUCAUCACUGAAGAGAACUUCUGGCGGAAUUACUUCUACCGCGUCUCACUGAUCAUCCAGGCCGCCGAGUUGGGCACUCUGGGCGCCGAUGGCGUGGGCCAGGCCUCAAGCGGCGAAGAUGCCAACGAAGUGGUCCCCAAAGAAAAUAAUUCCAAGACUGUCGAACCAGCCAAGAGCGAUUCAAGUCCCAAAGCCAUUGCCGAGCAGCCUAAGGCCUUGAUUGAGCCGGAGGCGCAGGAGUGCGAUGUCCAGGCAGACAAGUCAAAGGCUCAUGCCGGCAAAGAGCUGGGCCAGAAGAUCUCCGAAUCGGAAUUCGUUUCGGAUGACUUCCAGGUCUCGAGCGAAUCGGACUUGGCUGAGAUCCAAGACGGCAUGCGCAAAUUGGGCAUCGACAGCAUGACCCAGCAGGCACUUGCUGCGACUGAUGAGGAACAAUGGGAAAAGGAUCUGGAAGCUGAACUCAAGGACUACGAGGUGGUUGACGAAGGCGGCACUGGCGGCGGCGGCGGCGGAGGACGCAGGAAAGGCAGGGAGGCCGGCGAGGACGACGCGGAGGCGGAGGAGGACGAACCGACAAUAUCAAACUUGCGCACACGCUCGACUAACAACGAUUGGGAGGAGUACGCCGAUUUAAUUGAGGAUACCGAUGAUUUAAAAACUUUGAAGUGCCUAAAGCGCACGAUGUUGGGCUAUCCAUGAGACGAGGCAGUCCCAGCGCUCUUCUAGUGCCAGUGGUCCACAAUCCCAGACAUUUCCCUGGGGGCCUGCCUGCCUUGUGGUGGCCUAUUGGAAAAGUUGAUUGAGAUACUAUUGCCUAUUGCCCCCAACACGCACUCAGUUAUUGGCCUCAGAGCAAAGCGUUAUAUUCAGUUACGUUCAGACAUGAUAUAAGACACUAAAGCAAAAGAAAACGAUUUUAUUUAACCUUAACGUUUUAACUGAAAACUAACUAAAAAGAAAAAAGGAAUAUGUAAAAUCCAAUCCCCAGCCAAUCCGGUAUUCAAAUGUAACUACUAUAUUCUCUUUUAUUUGGUUGACACACCGAGUGGCAGCGGUAGAGGGAGUCGUCGCUAUUACUUGCCAAUUGUUCAGCACACGAAGCAUCCGAAAUCUGGCAGUCAGUAACCAACCUAUCAAUAAGUACUUAUAUAGACACACAACUAUGAGAGCAGGCUAGACGAGAAAGUGGCUAAUGCUAUAUAUGCAGAUCAUAUUUCAAUAUAGUGACUAACAAUUGAGUAAACAAACAUGCUUCAAAGGGAAAUUUUGUUAUUUAUAUUUAUAAAUAAAUUAUAUAUAAAUAUAUACACACAUAUAUAUAUACAGAUAAAUUAAUGCAUUUGAAUUUAAUGUGUAAAAAUUAUUAUAAUAAAAGUAUAGAUAUAAAAUAUGUAAAGAUACGAGACACCCAAAAAAAAAGUUGAACGUUUUCGUUUUCAAAUCCUUAAAAUGCUCUUCUUUUAGAAAUUUUUAAUUCAAAACAAGCGAAAUAAAAAAUAUAGUAACUUAUUAGUUGAGAGCAAAGAAAUAACAUUCAAACGUCUUAUUUAUCCCUCGAUAGUUUAUAGUCAAACCAAAAUAUUAAACACAGAGGAAAUUAUCAUUAAUUGAUGCUUAAACAACACGUUGAAGAAUAAAUAAAUAACAAUGCAUAUAAAUACCAAUUGUUUAGCUCAAUUUAAGGCGCGCCAACAAGUUUUCUUUUCCGAACGUUUUCAGUUCGAAGCCAACUUCUUUUGGGAUUUUUUCUAAACAACUCUCACCUUGCUGUUCCACUACCAAGACACGAACUUCCUUGAACAAAACUAAAAACAAAUUGCCAAAACAAUAAUAUACUGAUUGGACUUGAAAGAUCAAGAAACUUAAAACGCAAUUAAUAAAUUACAAAUAACAAAUGAAAAGUAAAUGCAAUUAUAAACAAUAAGCAGUUCAAAACCUUUGAAACAAAUAUAUACACAUAUAUAUUUAUAUAUUUCACUAGACAAAUUUUUAUGCAUAAACUAAAAACGAAACAAAUUCUAUAUUAUCAAUGUUUUUGCUCUAAAUGUCUAACUAAUUGUUAAUAAAACCAAAAUAAAAUUAUUUUCUGCAGGCAAACGUUAUAUGAGUAUGAGAAUGCUAUGAAUGUGUAAUUAUUUGUUAGCAGUCACGAAAUAUAUGAAAAAUAGGCGGAUGAUACGGAAAAAGUAAACGUUAUGACAUUAAACUGUAUAUUGUACAUUUACUUUUAAACAAAUGAAAUGUAUUUACACGAAACGGCAUGGAAUAUGACAAACUAAAGAAAUUUUAAAA